CCCCGCCCCGCUCCCCCCGCCGCCCCGCCCCGCCCCUCCGCCGCAGCCGCCGCUGGGUCCGGGCCUGGGAAAGCGGCGGCCGGGGGGGCCGCGCCGGGGUGGCGCAGGGACCAUGCUGGGCAAGGACUACAUGCUGGCCAUCGUCCUCGUCAACUGCGACGACAACCUCUGGAGUGACCAGAGCCUGGAGACGGACCCCGACCUCCCCCCAGGCUGGAGGAAAAUCCGCGACUCUCUGGGCACCUACUACUGGCAUGUGCCAAGCGGCACGACACAGUGGCAGCACCCUGCAUGCACCACCAGCCCAGGAGGGCACCCGGAGGCAGAUGGAGAGGACACGCUCCAGGGAAUGGACAGCCAGCCCCCCAUGGCAAAGCACUCAGCAAAGGACAGGCCCAUUCCCAGCCCCAUGGCUUCGCUGUCCCGGAGGACUUCGCUGCCCUGGCACAGAGACGACUUCCAGCACAGAGAUGACUUCCAGCACAGCACAGAGCCUGGCUCCAAGUGCUUUGCUGUGCGCUCGCUGGGCUGGGUGGAGAUUCCUGAGGAGGACCUGGCACCUGGCAAGAGCAGCAUAGCUGUCAACAACUGCAUCCAGCAGCUCUCCAACAGCAAGGGCCAAGGCUCUGCGGAGAACCGAGGCGAGGGCCAGGACCUGCUGAUGAUCCUGAAGAAGGACACCAUGAGCCUGGUGGACCCUCUGGACCGCAGCCUCAUCCACCACCAGCCCAUCCUCAACAUCCGUGUCUGGGGUGUUGGCUGCAACAACGGCAGGGACAGAGACUUUGCCUUUGUGGCCAGUGACAAGGACACCUGUGUCCUCAAGUGUCAUGUCUUCCACUGCAAUGUGCCUGCCAAGGGCAUCGCUAAGGCCCUGCAUGAGAUGUGCUCCAAGAUCGUGGCUGAGCGAGCCAUAGUGAGCAGCAGGCUGCCCUGCAGUGCCACACUGGAGCCCAUCUCUGACACGGACCUGCCGCUGCAAGUGGAUAUCCUGGAAGCAGUGAGGCAGUCGAUGCAGACCUAUGAGGCGCUGUACAUCGGCAGCCUGCCUGUGCCCAGGGCCAUGGGGAUGGAUGUGCUGAACGAGGCCAUUGAGAAGCUGAUAAGGGGCCCCAGGCGGGAGUGCUGGACGCCCUCCCUCAUCCAUGUAUCUGACACAGCCAUGAGGGUGCACCCUGCGCAGGAGGACGAGGAGGCAGCGCACAUCUGGGAGUGCCAGGUGCGGUACGUGACCUUCCUGGGGGUGGGCCGGGAUGCCCACACCUUUGCGCUCAUUGUGGACACGGGGCGACGCUUCCAGUGCGCGGCCUUCUGGUGUGAGCCCGACGCCGGCACCAUCUCGGAGGCGGUGCAGGCAGCCUGCAUGGUGCAGUACCAGAAGUGCCUGGUGGCCGCGGCACCGGGGGCUCGGGUGAAGGCCGGCCCGGCGGCCUCGGGGGACGCUGCGGGCGGGGCGGCCAAGGCGAGCGGGGGCAGCGGAGGGGCGGCGGGGCCCAGUGCCCGCAAGCGGGGCUUCUUCUCCCUCCUGGAGGCGUUCCGCCUCCGCCGAGCCCUGCUCCACUCCCCGUAG